AUGAUUCAUGCAAGAUUAUCAGUAUCUGGUUGUGGAGUUCUAAUGAGAAAUCGUGACCAGUGGAGCAAAUCCAUGUUGAGUAGAGACAAGUAUCUACAUCAGUACAAUGGAAGAUGGUCGCGCAAUUUCGUGGAUUGGUUAAGGUUAAACACUAACACCGUUGGAU